UACGCUCAGACCGCCUUACUGGGAGAUCCCCCUCCUCCCCGAGGCAGGCCAGCCCCGACGGAGCCCGCCGCGCCCCGCUCUAAAUGGGACUGAGCACGGCGGCGUCUCCGGGCUCGGGCGGCGGAGGCUGAGCGCGCCCCGCGCGGGGGCGGCGGGCAUGGCCGUGGGCGGGCGGGGGCCGGCCGAGCCGUAGCCGCGGGCCACAGCGCCCUCGCGGGGGGCCGCCGCCGCGCCCGGCAGGGGCCGUGGAGCGCCGGUGAUCGCCGUCGCCGCCGCGGCCCGCCGGGAGACAAUGGCCCUGCACAAACUCUGCUCGGUGCUGGAAGUGUUGCUAGUAACAAUCCUGGUAGUAGAAGGAAUUGCUGUUGCACAGAAGACACAAGGUGGGCAAAGUAUUGGAGUAAACCGCAUUCCUCCUACCCAGUGUGACAAUUGGGUACGGACAAGCAAUGGAGGACAUUUUGCUUCACCAAACUACCCUAACAUGUACCCACCAAAUCAAGAGUGCAUCUAUAUCUUAGAAGCUGCUCCACGACAAAGAAUUGAGUUGACCUUUGAUGAACCUUAUUACAUAGAACCCUCAUUUGAAUGUCGGUUUGAUCAUCUGGAGGUUCGAGAUGGACCUUUUGGUUUCUCCCCUCUCAUUAAUCGUUACUGUGGUCUGAAAAGUCCUGCACUAAUUAGAUCAACAGGGAGAUUUAUGUGGAUCAAGUUUACUUCUGAUGAGGAGCUGGAAGGAAAGGGAUUUCAAGCAAAGUACUCAUUUAUACCAGAUCCUGACUUCACUUACCUAGGAGGUAUUUUGAAUCCCAUCCCAGACUGCCAAUUUGAGCUCUCAGGAGCUGACGGAAUAGUACGUUCCAGUCAAGUAGAACAAGAAGGAAAAACAAAGCCAGGACAAGCAGUUGACUGCAUAUGGACAAUUAAAGCUACUCCAAAUGCUAAGAUUUAUUUGCGAUUUCUUGAUUAUCAAAUGGAGCAUUCAAAUGAAUGCAAAAGAAACUUUGUUGCUGUAUAUGAUGGAAGCAGCUCUAUUGAGAACCUGAAGGCAAAGUUUUGCAGCACCGUAGCAAACGAUGUCACGCUGCAGACUGGGACAGGCGUGGUACGAAUGUGGGCAGAUGAAGGCAGUAGACUAAGCAGAUUCAGAAUGUUGUUCACUUCAUUUGUGGAUCCUCCCUGCUCAGGCAACACUUACUUCUGCCAUAGCAACAUGUGCAUCAAUAAUUCUUUAGUCUGCAAUGGCAUUCAAAACUGUGCAUACCCUUGGGAUGAAAAUCACUGCAGAGAAAAGAAAAAAACUGGAUUGUUUGAACAAAUCACCAAAACUCAUGGAACAAUAAUUGGCAUCACAUCAGGGAUAGUUUUAGUUCUUCUCAUCAUUUCAAUUCUAGUACAAGUAAAGCAGCCUCGCAAAAAGGUUAUGGCUUGCAAGACUACUUUCAAUAAAACUGGAUUCCAGGAAGUAUUUGAUCCUCCACAUUAUGAACUGUUUUCACUAAGGGACAAAGAAAUUUCAGCAGAUUUGGCAGAUUUAUCAGAAGAACUUGAAAACUAUCAAAAAAUGAGACGCCCUUCAACAGCUUCCAGAUGCAUUCAUGACCACCACUGUGGCUCCCAGGCCUCUAAUCUAAAACAAAGCAGGACAAACCUCAGCUCCAUGGAACUUCCCUUUCACAAUGACUUUGCACAGCCUCAGCCAAUGAAAACAUUUAAUAGCACAUUCAAGAAAAGUAGUUACACUUUCAAACAAGCGCAUGACUGCCCUGAGCAGGUGAUAGAAGACAGGGUGAUGGAAGAGAUUCCGUGCGAAAUCUAUGUUAGAGGAAGAGAAGACACAGCACAAGGUUCAUUAUCUAUUGACUUUUAAUUUCCUAGUGAAGGUGGUAUCAGUGUAUAUACAAGAUGCUUGUGUACAGUAACCAUGUAUAUAAAAGUGUACUAUAUGCAGCGUGUGAGAUGCACACACUUUUAGCUUAUUAUACUCCAUUUACAAAAAAACACAGUCUUCAUAACUCAUUCUUGCUGAAACAUGGUGGAUUUCCUUCCAUCUUCCCAAGCUACCUAUCUAGAGGAGGAGUAAAGACUUUGCAUGGAAAUUUUAAGUUAAGGAUAUUGGAAGAAAACAACCUAACUAUUAAUCAUUGAACGCUGAAAACAAUGACUACUGUUCUCUUCCUCACAUGAUUUUCUCUUGUUUAGAUGUCUGGUUUUUGAGACAAUUUUAAUACCUCAUUUACACAAAUAAAAGUAGUUAAGUGCACCACGUGUAUGUCAACAUAGGUGUCUCAUUGUAUCUGUCAAAUUGGAAGUAGAGCUAGAGCUAAGUUGAGACUCAAGAACUGUUCCAGCCAUCUGUUUCACCUUGCCUACCAUUUGUAUUGCCUUUAAUUAUUAGUUACUCACUCUGUGCUUUGUGAGAAACAAGUGAAAAGGAUUACUGCUUUUUAAAAACACUGAGUUAUAGUAAUUUUAGUACAUUUGGAAAUAUGGCUUCUUUGCAGCUUUUGGUUAAAACACAAGUAAAUACUCAUGUUAUUCUAGAUGCAGACCUUUACAACAGUCUUCUUUCAAGAUGCUUUAGGAUUUUUAAAUAUUCAACCAUAUAUUAUAGAUCCAUAUGGUUCACUGCUUUCACAGCUCUGUAGUUAGAAAACAGUUUUGUUCCUGUGUUCUCCAAGUAUUUACAUAAAUAGACUGUACUGUACAUUUGUCUCUUAAAAUAGGCUUUUACUCCUUAUUGCAGCCAACCUUCUCUAGUGAAAUCAGUGAUACUUUUAGCUCCUGUCCUACUUGCCUGAAGGGAAGCACUCUGAGGUCUUUGUGAGUAUCAGGUACAUGAUGAUACUGAAAAAAGAGACAUUUCAAAGCAACCCUUAUGGAACCCUUCUUGUGCCCCUUGCUUCCACUUGCAAAAUGGCACAUUUCAUACAUUUUAAUGCUGGUUUGGACCUAAUU